UGCCAGUUUCGUUUUUGAAGAAAUUGAAAAUUGUCUGUGGGCCAGCACGUAGUCUGACGGAACAACGCACUGCUACAGAUAUGCGGAUCCGUGUCAUUUCACUUCCACAACACUCUGCAGCCACCCACACGGCAGCUGUUCAUGUCUCAAAGCCUUCUAUGCUUCCUCGUGUUUUACCGUGUAUAUAACUGCAACUUUUACGUUCAAAAUGACUGACGAGCAACACUCUCCGUCUCAAUAAACGACAUCUGUUUUUCCUGAAACGCUGUUAAAACCAUCUGAAGCCAUGAAUUGGCCAGAUAUAAUCCUCAUUCUAUUGGCUGUCAAUCUGGGUGACAUCAUCACUGGCCCUACCCUAUGCCAUGCCUCUCAAAAGCGUCAGAAAUCCGAAUGCCAGGUGCGAAACGGCUGGGCGGACUGCAGACACCUCCGCCUCAAGGAGAUCCCUCCCAACCUGCCCUGGAAUAUCACCGGCCUGGAUGUCUCCCACAACCGGCUGAUGGAGCUACCCCCAGCAUCGCUGGCCACUUACCCUGGGCUUGUGCACCUGGACGUGGGCUUCAACAGCCUCACCAAGCUGGAGGACAGCCUGUGUCAGACCCUGGGCCUGCUGAGGACACUGACCGUACAGCACAAUGAGGUACAUCGGCUGACGGAGAAGGACCUGAGCAACUGCACCAAUCUGACAGAGCUUAACCUGGCUGGCAACAGGUUGAAGCUACAUGGAGAGCCCUUUGCUGCCUUACAGAGUCUAACACUGCUGGACGUGUCCAAAAAUGACCUGAAGACAGCCAGCUUGGGCACCCACCUUCAGCUUCCAAGCCUGGUGACUCUCAUCUUGUCUAACAACAGCAUAUCAACCUUCAAAAAGGAUGACUUCUAUUUUCUCAGUAAUUCCUCAUCCCUACGAGUCCUCCACCUGUCGAAUCUAAUAACUCUAGCAAAGUUUGAGCCUGAUUGCUUGAAGCCCAUUGCAAGCAUAUAUGAGUUAGUCAUGACUGGGAGCAAACUUGGCCCUUCACUCACGUCUAAACUCUGCACAGAGCUUUCUGGGACAGCGAUCCGCAGCCUCUCCCUCCAGAAGACACAGCUAGUUACACUAGACAACACCACCUUCAAAGGCCUGGGGAAGACCCACCUCACUACUUUGGAUCUAUCCCACAACAGCAUAGCUAAGAUCGGGGAUGGUUCUUUCCAGUGGCUGUCCAUGCUGGAAGUUCUUUCUCUGGAGCACAACAACCUCAAGCGCCUGACUAAGAACACUUUCAAUGGGCUGGGGAAUCUGACACUGCUCAACCUGAAUAUGGCGCUGGUGAAGAGUCACACUUCUUCUUACCCUAUUAUCGACGACUUCUCCUUCCAGCCACUAGGGGCACUGGAGAGCCUGAGCAUGGAGAAUACUGCCUUUCGAAACAUUUCGGUGCACACCUUUGCGGGUUUGACGAGUCUCCGCCAACUCCACCUGAGUGGGACCAGCUGCAUGUCGCUCAAAAUCAUCACCAACCAGACCUUUGUGUCCCUCGCAGGUUCACCACUUCUUAUGCUAAAGCUUACAAGCACAGCAAUCUCCCGUCUAGACCCUGGAGCCUUCUCCAGCCUGGGCAAUCUCACCACCCUUCUGCUGGGCAACAACUCCAUCUCCCAGACCCUGACGGGGAAAGAGUUCCAGGGUUUGGGCCAGCUACAGGAGAUCUACCUCUCUAACGGCAACCAGAAGCUCAUCCUCAGCCCUAUGUCGUUCGUCCAUGUGCCCGCUCUCAGGACUCUGAUGCUGGGGAGAGCUCUGACCAGCCCCCUGCGUAUGAAUACCUCUCCGUUCAAGCCUCUGUCCAACCUCACCAUCCUGGACCUCAGCAACAACAACAUCGCCAACAUAAAUAUUGAUUUUCUUGAUGGACUAGAGAAUCUGAAGGUGCUGAAGCUUCAGCACAACAACUUGGCCCGGCUGUGGAAGAGUGCUAACCCGGGUGGGCCGGUGCUGUUUCUUAGGGGGCUCCGCAGCCUUGUUGCCCUGGAGAUGGACUUCAACGGUCUGGAUGAGAUCCCCGAUGAGGCCCUUCAUGGAUUAACCAACCUUCAAGAGCUCAGCCUCAGUGGGAACAUCCUGAACCAACUCAGGGACUCAGUCUUCAACGACUUGGGGUCGCUCCGGGUGCUUCGGCUCCAGAAGAACCUAAUCACGUCGGUGAGGAAGGAAGUGUUUAGGCCGGCUUUGGCCAACCUCAGCCAGCUGGCCAUGGAGAAGAACCCGUUCGACUGCACCUGCGAGAGCAUCCUGUGGUUUGUGGCGUGGCUGAACGGAACAAACGCCAGUGUGCCGGGCCUCAGGGAUGAGUAUGUGUGCAACACGCCGCAAGCCUACUACAACCACUCGAUCAUGGAGUUUGACAGGCUCUCCUGCCUGGACAUGACACCAUUCCAGGCGCUCUAUGUGCUCACCAGCACUGCGGUCCUGACUUUAAUGGUGACCUCACUCCUAGUGCGCUUCCAGGGUUGGAGGAUUCAGUUCUAUUGGAACGUUCUGAUCAACCGUACGCUCGGAUUGAGCGAUGCCAGUUCCGGGGAGGGGAGAAAGUUCAACUACGACGCGUACGUCAUUCAUGCUGCAAAGGAUAAAACCUGGGUGGAACGAAGCUUGCUCCCUCUAGAGGACGAACAGGGGUAUACAUUUUAUCUGCAGGAUCGAGAUGCAGUGCCAGGUGAUUCGCGACUGGAGUCCAUUGUGGAGAAUAUGAGAAGGUCCAGGAAAAUACUAUUUGUGGUCACCGAAACUCUUCUCGAAGACCCCAUGUGUCGACAGUUCAUGGCCCACCACGCCCUGCACCAGGUGAUCGAGGACAGCCGGGACUCGGUGGUGCUGGUCUUCCUGGAGGACGUGCAGGACUACAGGUUGUCCCGCUGUCUGCUCCUGCGCAGGGGCAUGCUUCGUCCACAAUGCCUCCUCAACUGGCCCCUGCAGAGGGAGAGGGUGCCCGCCUUCCACCAGAGGCUCCGCAUCGCCCUGGGCACCACCAACCGAGUGCAGUAACUUUCUCCAUGCCAUUAUGCUUAGAAGUGUACUGACAAUUUUACUUCAGCCAAAUCAAAUAUAUUGGUCGCGUUCUCAUUUUCCAGAUGUUAUC